AUGGGCAAGGGUAAAGUCAUCGAAGAUAAGCCGCGGUAUCAAAAGUCAAAUAGCUCCAAUGGUGUACCAAAAAAUUUUGUCCCAGCCCCGAAUAACAAAAACGUUGCACAGUUGGCACCUGGAAAGUCACGGAUUCGCAGACCGCACCGCAAAACUCGCGUUGGAUUGUUCGGUGACUUUGGUUCAGAACUCUACCGAAGACUUAUUAUGGGUGCUUCUGUAAUCAUCUUUAUUGCUGUUUUGCUCCAUUUUGGUGUAGAGUACAGCCAGAAUAUGAGGCGGCGGCGCCAAGUCUACACCCCAAUCAAUUUGCCCAAAAUGAUAGGUCCAGAUGAAGUUGGGCCGGAACACUCACCAGAACUGUUUUGGGGGACGUACAGACCUGGCAUCUUCUUCGGGAUGUCUCACCGAAGUCCCCAUUCAAUGCUUUUUGGUUUGGCUUGGGUGACGUCUGAUGGUAAAUCAGUGCAGUUUCGACACCGGUGUACGAAUGAAGGUGAUAUAAAGAGCUAUAACUGGAUUGAACAUGAUGGACGAAACUACGGUAUCGAACAAAUCAUUGCUGGCAAUCACAAUAUCACCGUGGCGUUUGUUAAGCGUCCGGCCACUCCCAAUGGUGGUGAUUGGUCUGUUCGAAUAUCCGUUUCUUCAGUUAAUGACUUGCUUGCGGCACCUUCAAUCUCAUUUCUCUUCUACGCCUACUUGCCCGAUUCAACACGGGGACGAAUUCAAUCGUACACAAACGGGAAUGAAUUGAAGCGUUUAAGAGGUUUCACUCAAGAAUUGGGCGCCUUCCAAGUGAAUUUUCACACCGCAAAAGGCAGCAUCCUGAAUCCCACCCACUUGGCUGGCCACUGUCCGCGGGAGGAUGCCCUCGUAGCGGCCAUAUCGAGUGGAUUAGUGUUGCGCGAGGAUCGUAGUUCAGUUUUCUUCAUCGGGGAUCAGGUGAACUCUUAUUCACCGGAGACGAAAAUUUCGGGGAUGCCGACCAACCUCUGGGUGACGGAGGUCACCCGCCCUGCUAUCCGCGCCAUUCGCCGCAACUCUCCUGCUGCUAAUGGAGGCGAUACCUAUUAUCGUAAUCAAGCACCUCUUGAUGUGCUAGAGGUGGAAUUCGUCUCGCAGGCCUCCACUUCUUCUGAUGCGGUGCCCCUAGUCGGUCUACAUUUCAAUGAGGCUUUGAAUGGGCACUCAAAGCGCUUCCAUGAGGCCUUUCUUCGCAAAUUUCCGUACGAUCCCCUCACUAUCAGUGAAAAGCAGAUGAAACUAGCAAGGAUAUCGCUGAGCAACAUGCUUGGUGGAGUAGGGUACUUCUACGGCACCAGCCUGAUCAAUUCGCCUCUGCUCGAGGCACCGAUUUCCCUCCCAAAGCCCAAUUCCACUUCCAUUCCAUCGGUGGAGUACUGGCCCAGCGCCCUCUUCACUGCUACUCCUUCCCGUGACAAAUUCCCCCAUGGAUUCCUCUGGGAUGAAGGAUUUCACGCUCUUCUGAUAGCUCGAUGGGACGUAGAAUUGGCUCUGCAAUCCCUUGGGCACUGGUUGGACCUCCUUAAUAUGGAGGGGUGGAUUCCCCGAGAGCAGAUCCUUGGCUGGGAUGCUAGAGCAAAUGUGCCUCCCGAGUUCAUUGUCCAAUCUACCACUGUGGCCAAUCCGCCGGCGCUGAUUCUUGUGGUUGAGUACAUGUUGGACCAGUUGGAGACGCAUAUGUCUGUAGAGGAGGCGGCACUAUUCGAUAAAUGGGCACGUAUUGCCUUUCCACGUCUUCGCGCCUGGUUCGUUUGGUUCACUACUACUCAAGCCGGUGAGCUGCCCACUGCAUUUCGUUGGCGUGGAAGAUCUACGCACAAUCCCUUUCAGUUGAAUCCCCUCACUCUCGCCUCAGGCCUGGAUGACUACCCACGUGCCUCUCACCCCACCGCCUCUGAGCGUCACCUCGAUCUACGCUGCUGGAUGGCAGCGUUUGCGCGCACCCUUUCUCGUCUAGCAGAACACUUUGAAGGGCACUCCUCUGCUUCGUCGUCGUCGAGUGCCGAGGAGUACCGAUCCCUAGCAGCGCAGUUGCUCGACCCACGACGACUAGAUGAGCUACACUGGGAUGAGGCGAACGGCAUCUACGCGGACUUUGGUCUCCAUACAGAUGAAGUGACCCUCGUCAGCCCUCCUGUGACUCAUGCGCCUCUACCUGGUCAGCCUAUGCCACAGAAGGAGCGCCAAGUGCUAAGAGAGCCACAGGAGCAGUGGGUAGCCUCAAGUCUGGGCUACGUCUCAUUCUUCCCCCUCUUCCUGCGGCUCCUCCCACCCGCCUCACCACGCCUGCCAACCCUGCUACAACGUCUCGCCCACCCCGCGCUCUUCUCGCCCCACGGAUUGCGCUCUCUUGCGCUCAUUUCACCACUCUAUAAUCGCGCCAACACUCAACACGAUCCGCCUUACUGGCGUGGUGCUGUCUGGAUCAAUAUGAACUACCUCGCCAUCGAGGCCCUCAAGUACUACGCGCGACACCCAGAGACACCUGCUCCAGUGGCGGAAAAGGCUGCCAAUCUGCAAAAACGCCUCACCGUGGCAAUAGUUGACACAGUGCUGGGUGAGCUGAAUCGGACUGGUUUCACGUGGGAACGCUACGACGAUCAGACAGGUCGAGGGCUGAGCGCACACCCAUUCAACGGCUGGACAGCGUUGAUCAGUCUGAUUAUGACUGAGGAGACGACUAGUGACAGUGGGAGGCGGAAAAGUGAAAUGAGUUUGAAAGAUUGUGUCUCAAGACUGUGA